UGCAGUGCAAAAAGAAAGACAGUACCAAGAAGGGAAAAGCUAAGGGGGCCCAGAGACAUGAAUUGACAACUUGCACUUUACCCAGUAACUGCUGUGCUCACCUGAGAUCAGAACCAAGAUCUGUCCAGGAACUGGAAUGCUUGCCUGAGCUGCUUAGGCUGGAGCCUGGGACCCAGAGGAUGGAGCCCUGUGCUAUUUCUGCCCCCUGAUUUGGGAAGAUAGUCAUUUUUCUGCCCAUCUUCUGGCUCCUCCCUCUUGGCAUUUGGCAGAUCCAGGCAGCUAUUCAAGGAACUGGAAGCCAAGCACAACAGGUGCUCCAGAGGUCAUCAUGAUCAACCCAGACCCCAGGCCCUCCCCUGCCUUGGCCCGGAGGGCUGAGAGCUACGAGGCCAAGUGUGAGCGACGGCAGGAGACCCGUGAAAGCCGCCGUCGUCGCCCCAACGUAACUACUUGCCGCCAGGUGGGGAAGGCGCUAAGGACCCAGCGUAGAGAGCAGCUCCAGAGAGCUCGACAACUGCAGUUCUUCAGGAGGAGAAACCUGGAAGUGGAGGAGAAAGGCCAGGCUCAGAGUCCCUGGGCCAGGGAGCAAGUUCCCUCCAGGAGGAAAAGCCAGGCAGCUGUCCUCAAGGAGCCCUUGUCUGCUAACAGGAUCUCUUUUCCCGGACAGCAGGUGACAAGGACUAACACCGAGGUCUCUCCAACCCCACAUCACCCUCUCCCAAGUGUCCAGAGGGUUGGGGCUGACCACCACUCCUCACAGGCAAGGGUGCUUCCAUCCCAAGACUCUCCCAUCAAGAAACUUCAAAAACACCACCGUGGUACUCAGACAAAGGCAGAAGAGGCACAGCUAACAAUUAAGAAUGAUGCCAGUCAGCAAACCAAUUAUGGAGUUGCAGUUCUGGAUAAGGAAAUCAUCCAGCUUUCUGAGUACCUCAAAGAGGCUCUACAAAGAGAGUUGGUCCUAAAGCAGAAAAUGGUGAUUCUCCAAGACCUUCUGUCUACCCUGAUUCAGGCCUCUGACAACUCUUGGAAGGGACAGCUUAAUGAAGACAAACUGAAGGGCAAACUAAGGUCCUUGGAAAACCAGCUCUACACCUGUACCCAGAAAUACUCCCCUUGGGGAAUGAAAAAGGUGCUAUUGGAGAUGGAAGACCAGAAAAACAGCUAUGAGCAGAAGGCCAAAGAGUCACUGCAAAAAAUGCUGGAAGAGAAAAUAAGUGCAGAACAGCAAUUGCAGAGCACACAGCGGUCCCUAGUUCUGGCCGAGCAGAAAUGUGAAGAAUGGAGGAGCCAGUAUGAGUCUCUGAAAGAGGACUGGAGGGCCCUUGGGACCCAGCACAGAGAGCUGGAGAGCCAACUUCAUGUGCUCCAGUCUAAACUGCAGGGAGCAGACAGUAGAGACUCGCAGAUGAACCAAGCUCUGCGUCUUCUGGAGAAUGAGCACCAGGAACUGCAGGCCAAGAUUGAAUGCCUGCAAGGGGACAGAGACCUGUGCAACUCAGAUACCCAGGAUCUACAAGAUCAACUAAAGAGGUCAGAGGAAGAGAAAAUUGCCCUGAUGACCAGAGUACAGCAGCUACAGAGUCUGCUUCAGAAUCAAUCCUUACAGCUUCAAGAACAGGAGAAACUCUUAAAGAAAGGUGUGGGCCUCACUAUCACUGAGAAUCUGGCUGCUCUUUUAGAUGAGGCUUUGACUGUAUGGAGUGCAAAGCCCUCCCACAAUGAAGUGGAGCCUGAGGGUACAGGGAAAGAGAAAGACUGGGAUCUCAGAGACCAGCUGCAGAAGAAGACUUUGCAGUUCCAGGCCAAGGAAAAGGAGUGCAGAGAACUGCAUUCGGAGUUAGACAACCUCAGUGACGAGUACCUCUCCUGCUUGCGUAAGCUACAGCACUGUCGGGAAGAGCUGAACCACAGCCAGCAGCCACCUCCCAGAGUAAGAGGGUCCAUCCUCCUGUACAAUCCUAAAUGGUGGUGGGAUAAUUUCUUUCUUAGCCAAGUCUUGCAGAUAAAAUUUGCCAGCCCAUACCAAUAUCUGGUUAUCCUGCCUACUCUGGUUGAUUUAGUCUAUACUGAAAGUACAGCAGUCAUGAAAGAAACACUGACCCAUGCAUCCAAAUCCAAUUUUCAUGGAACUCUUGAAGUUUAAGGGAAAGAUCUGCUA